CUCUUCUUCACCCUAUAUAUUGGCUACUAGUUUUGUUCCAGCUCCAUCAUUUUUCUUUUUGGAAAUAGUAUUUUCUUCUACCUCAAAUGGCUGAAGAAACAAACAUCACACUGACCCAAUUGAAAAACUCUAUUGCAAAACAUGGUUCUUCUACACGGGGUUAUGGAGACCCUACACUGAUGAGGUUUUUGAUUGCCCAAUCAAUGGAACCAGACAAAGCAGCAAAGAUGUUUGUCCAGUGGCAGAAAUGGAGGGAUACUAUGGUUCCUAAUGGAUUCAUUUCAAAUUUUGAAGUUCCUCGUGAAUUGGAAACUAGAAAAAUCUUCUUGCAGGGUUUGUCUCAAGAUAAAUAUCCUCUCAUGAUUGUUCAAGCAUGUAGACACUUCCCUUUCAAAGAUCAGAUUCAGUUCAAGAAAUUUAUUAUACAUAUAUUUGACAAAACAAUUGCGAGUGCAUCCAAGGGACAUGAAGUAGGAAAUGAAAAGUUUAUUAUAAUUCUUGAUCUUCAUAAUAUUUCCUAUAAGAAUGUCGAUUCGCGUGGUCUAAUUACUGGAUUUCAAUUUCUACAGAGUUAUUAUCCUGAACGUUUAGCAAAGUUCUAUAUUUUACACAUGCCAUGGUUUUUUGUGAGUGUUUGGAGAUUGGUUUCUGGCUUCCUUGAUAAGGCAACAAAAGAAAAGAUUGUAAUAAUAAGGAAUGAAAGUGAGAGAAAGAAGUUCAUAGAUGAAGUUGGUGAAGAGAUUCUCCCAGAAGAGUGUGGAGGAAGAGCAAAGCUUGUAGCUAUUCAAGAUUUUGAAGUGAUGAUACCACAUGAAAAUGGAAGAACAAAUUGAUUAUAGGACACGAGGAUAUGAUAGGAAAAGAUUUGCCUACUUUGUUCUUCUUCUAAACCAAAUGAAGAAUCUAUAGCUAUUAUGUCCUUCUUCUAAACCAAAUAAUGAAUCAAUGUAUGAUUAGUUUACAAGUUUAAUUUUAUGCAAUGUGAAAGUAAAAAGUCUUAUAUGUUAAUGUGUCACAAUUAUUCAUAAAUAUUACCUUGAAGGUGGUUAAAAUAAAA